AUGAGCAUCAUCAACCCAACGUGGCGCAAGGACCUGGGUGUGACCAGCUACCCAGCAAGGCGGCUGCUGUGGGAUUUCAUGGAGGCGCAAGAACAUCAGUUGCGUUGUUUGCAAAUUGAGCUGGGCUGUUCCUUCGGUGAGAUCUCCGCCCAUGAUUCUGAGAAGCUGCUUCGGGUGAUCCUGUCCUCCCAGCAGCCAGACAGGGGCAAGAAGGCCCAGGCCUUCCUCACCACCCAGGGGCUGGAGCCAGAGAUGGUGGCGGAGCUCGUGGCUGAGGAAAUCACCCGAGAAGUGCUGGCGCCUUUGCAAGGAAAAGGGGAAAAGCAAGUCUUAAAUCCAGCAGAGGAGAGCGAGGCGUUCCUGCAGUUGGCCAAACUGUGCCAGGACCCCACCCUGGUUGGCGUGAAGCUAUUGGAUAAAAUUUCAUCUGUCCCUCACGGGGAGCUUGCCUGCACUACAGAGCUCCUGAUCCUCGCCCAUAAUUGCUUCAGCCUCACGUGUCAUCUGGAAGGGAUUAUUCGCGUUCUCCAAGCUGCCCGAACGCUCCCGGACGAACACUUAGCACCCAGCGGAGAAUACGGCCUUGUUCGACUUCUCACUGGCAUCGGCAGGUACCACGAGAUGACCUACAUCUUUGACUUGCUGCAUGAGAAGCACCACUUUGAGGUGCUAAUGAGAAAGACGUUGCACCCGAGUGGGACCCUCAAGACAGCGCUGCUGGACUACAUCAAGCGCUGCCGCCCAGGAGACAGAGAGAAGCACAACAUGAUCGCCCUCUGCUUCAGCAUGUGCCGGGAGAUUGGGGAGAACCACGAGGCGGCAGCCAAUGUCCAGCUGAAGCUCAUUGAAUCCCAGCCUUGGGGUAAAUGGAUGUCUGAGGUGUUCGAUCUCAGCUGCUUCCUCCUUGCUUCCCUGACUCCUUUCUCUUCAUCCUUCCUCUUUGAGGACUUCUGUGUGCGUCAGUCCUUGCGCUGCAAGAGGCUGACAAAGCUCAUUACGCUGCAGCUCCACUUCCUGAACACCAACCCCAAAACCAAGCUGAUCAACCUGAGCCAGAAGAGCCUGCUGGAAUGCGCCAUGUCCCUGCCCAGGUUCUACCCGGCGGAAGUCGUGGCUGAGGCCUAUGACUUCGUUCCGGACUGGGCUGAAGUCCUGUAUCAGCAAGUGAUUGUAAAGGAGGACUUCAGCUACCUGGAGGGGUGCAAGCAGCGUGGCCUGCUCAAGGCGAGCACCUUUGAGGAAAUUGCCCAGAAGUUCAAGCAGCGUGCAGGCAAUGAACCGGCUCUAAAAAACCUGAAGAAGCUGUUGACCUAUUGUGAUGAUAUCGAUGUGUAUUACAAGCUAGCUUAUGACAACCAGUUCUACGACGUAGUGAACAUGCUUCUGAAGGAUUUCCACAUUGGCAAGAACACACGUGAAAUAAUAAAAUGGUUCUUUGCUUUCUGACCUACAUUGAUAGUGGAGGAAUGUCUCAAAGGUGCAAAGGUGAUCUUAGGACUUUGCACUGCUUUUAGGUCUAACUUUUGUGUCAUUAAACUUUAUUACUAAAUUUAUUAUUCGGGUUAUGAACGGAACAGCGGAGUCUUAAAAGACAGAGGCUACAAUCCUGUUGUAGAACUCAGUUAAAUUUUACUGAUCGUAUUGCUUCGUGACUCCUCUGUCUCAAAGUUACAUUUCUCCCAAAUCAUUUUAAAUUCCUUUUACUGUAUGGUGGUUAAAACUACUGUUAAGCCAAGAGCAAGUAACACAUUGGCCAAAUGUCAACGCCAGAUUAAGGUUGUCUCUGGCCAGCGCAGUAUUGAAGUCCAGCGCGCAUGCAACAUUUACACAUGCGCACCCUUCAGCCCUUAUUUGCCAACCGUGAAAUUCCCCCAGCAAUUCAUCUCAGAUACAAGGGAAUUGAAAUAACACUUUUUCCAAGGAGAUACAACAGAAAGAAAUCAUGUAAUUUUGUUUUAUUU